AUGUCUCUCUCCAACAAGCUCUCCAUCCAGGACGUCGACCUCAAGGGCAAGCGCGUCCUCAUCCGUGUCGACUUCAACGUCCCCCUUGACGCCGAGAAGAAGGUCACCAACCCCCAGCGCAUUGUCGGUGCCAUCCCCACCAUCAAGUAUGCCAUCGACAAUGGCGCCAAGGCCGUUGUCCUCAUGUCCCACCUUGGCCGUCCCGACGGCAAGGUCAACCCCAAGUACUCCCUGAAGCCCGUUGUCCCUGAGCUCGAGAAGCUCCUUGGCAAGAGCGUCACCUUUGCCAACGACUGCGUCGGCCCCGAGGUUGAGGAGAUCGUCAACAAGGCCGAUAACGGCGCUGUUGUCCUCCUUGAGAACCUCCGCUUCCACAUUGAGGAGGAGGGCAAGGGCACCGAUGCCGAGGGCAACAAGAUCAAGGCCGACAAGGCCAAGGUUGACGAGUUCCGCAAGGGCCUCACCAAGCUCGGUGAUGUCUACAUCAACGAUGCUUUCGGCACCGCCCACCGCGCCCACUCCUCCAUGGUCGGUGUCGACCUCCCCCAGAAGGCCGCCGGGUUCCUCAUGAAGAAGGAGCUCGAGUACUUCGCCAAGGUCCUCGAGUCUCCCCAGCGCCCCUUCCUCGCCAUUCUCGGUGGCGCCAAGGUCUCCGACAAGAUCCAGCUGAUCGACAACCUUCUCGACAAGGUCAACACCCUGAUCAUCUGCGGCGGCAUGGCUUUCACCUUCAAGAAGACCCUUUACAACAUCCCCAUCGGCAACUCUCUCUUCGAUGAGGCCGGUGCCAAGACCGUCCCCGACCUUGUCAAGAAGGCUGAGAAGAACAACGUCAAGAUCGUGCUCCCCGUCGACUACAUCACCGCCGACAAGUUCGACAAGGACGCCAACACUGGCCAUGCUACCGACAAGGACGGCAUCCCCGACGGCUGGAUGGGUCUCGACUGCGGUGAGGAGUCGGUCAAGCUCUACACCGAUGCCAUCAACGAGGCCCAGACCAUCCUCUGGAACGGCCCCGCCGGUGUCUUCGAGUUCGACAAGUUCGCCAACGGCACCAAGGCCACCCUCGAUGCCGCCGUCAAGGCUGCCGAAGAGGGCCGCACCGUCAUCAUUGGCGGUGGCGAUACCGCUACCGUUGCUGCCAAGUACGGCGUUGAGGACAAGCUCAGCCACGUCUCCACUGGCGGUGGUGCUUCCCUUGAGCUCCUUGAGGGCAAGGCUCUCCCUGGUGUUGUUGCUCUUAGCGAGCGUCAGUAA